AUGAAGUCUACCACGCCGGCGACCCUGGUCGGUCUCGUUGCCGCCGUCGCGGCAUACCCUGCCUCGGAUCGUCUCUGGGCCCGGGCUUGCACCCCUGGCGCCCUCGUGUGCAACGGCAGCACCCAGUUUGCCAUCUGCGUCGGUGCCGACGCCACGCCCCAAUGGAUGGCCGUCGCGGCGGGCACGCGGUGCGUCUGUGCUGGCUCCGAGUGCACCUUGGCGGCCGUGUCUGGUGGAAGCUCCGCCGGAGACGCCGGGCAGCCCGGAAACGCCUCGUCGCCGCCGGCGCCGUCCUCGGCCGCCCAGCCCACGGCGUCUACGGCACCUGCAGCGAAUCCCGCGCCCUCUCCGGGACCGAGCUCGCCCGUGUCGGCGCCGGCUCCGUCGUCAGCGGCAGCAGCUCCAGCCCCGUCGUCAGCGGCAGCAGCUCCAGCUCCAGCCCCCUCGGGGUCGUCCCCAGCCGGCCCCGUCGUCUACAAGGUGUUCAAAGGCGACGGCAGCACCGCCGCGGGCUGGCCCUCCGAGUCCACCUGGGCCGACUUUGAAACCAUGUGGUCCUCCAACCUGGCCGUCAUGUCCACGUCGUGCGCGGCCUGGUCGCAGCCCAACAACUCGGAAAAGGAGACGGCCGACGUCAAGUCGGCCAUCCUGUCCGUCUCCAAGGCGGCCGGCGUCGACGCCCGCUUCGUGCUCUCCGUCGUCAUGCAAGAGUCCAGGGGCUGCGUCCGCGUGCCGACGACCGAGUACAGCGUCAGGAACCCCGGCCUGAUGCAGUCGCACAACGGCGCCAGCUCGUGCUUCGACGUGAACCCGUGCCCGGCCGACAAGAUCGUCGGCAUGAUCCAGGACGGCACAGACGGCACCCCCGACGGCGACGGGCUCAAGCAGCUCCUGGCCAAGGCGGGCGGCGGCGCCGCCGGCUACUACAAGGCCUCGCGCAUGUACAACUCGGGGUCUGUCGCGGCCGACGGCCUGCUCGAGGCCGGCGUCGCCACCCACUGCUAUGCCACCGACGUUGCCAACAGGCUCCGCGGCUGGGCUACCGUCGGCAGGACCUCGUGUCCGUUCGACUAG